GAUUACGGUGAUUACAGUGCAAACUGUAUGGAUAUUUAUGAAUCUUUCGCGGAGGGUAAAUGUCUUGAGGAUGUCUUCAUGCAGUGUUUCAUAGAGUGUGUUCGUGAUGAUUCUAAAAAUCAUCGUCGAACUCUGACAUCUAACAGAUUAAUACUUGAUGUCAACGUUGGGGCUCUGUUAAAUUUUGAAGAACAGGAACGUCACAGCAAGAAUCCUCAGCCGUUUGAUCAAAAUGUCCUACAGAAUUGCUUGCACAACACAUUGCCUGCUUUGGUGAAUCUGGAUAAAUGCAAGUCGAUAAUGGUACCUAUGCUUAGCAGGGGUCAUUGGACACUGUAUGUGAUCAAUCUACACCACCGGGUUAUACACAUUUUAGAUUCGAAUCCCUAUGGUAUACAACUUGGUGGCACCGAAUGGAAGGACUAUCAUUAUGAUCCAAUUUAUUUAGGUGGCAGGAAAUUCCCAUGGGCUAGGGUGAUAAUGAGUAGGCUGAGCAAAGCGUUACAACACGUUUGCCCCAACGCAGAAUUUCCUAAGUUUGGUAAUUUUCCAUUGGAUAUGCCAUCUAACUGCCCAACAAUGAGGACAGGGUCAAAUGACUGUGGAUUUUUUGUGAUGAGUUACAUGAAAUCUUAUGAUCACAAUGCAGGUGUCAUAUCUUCUUUCAAUCAACCAGACAAUUCCCGAGACCUACGUGCUCAUGCCCUUCAUCAACUCACAUUCCAUCGCAUCAACAAGGCGUUGCCACUUCCAUUAGAUAUCCAGAGAUUUAUGUUUGCGCGCAAUUAGUGAACUAUGUCAGAUCUAAGCAAUGGUGUGGGCAAUGUACCGUACUGUGGUAUUUUGGCCAUUUUGUUCAGUUAACAAUUGUAGGAAGCUUCCUUAUAUGUGCUGUUUUCAGAACAAUUGUCAUGCUACUUUGUGUUAGGGGUGUUACCCAGGUUCUUUCUGUGAACUUUAGUUGGCUGGAUACUUAUGGUUAUGUCGCGAAUAUGUGAACAUCAGAUGUUUUCA